UCUCUUGGUACAGUUCAAGAGGUGGAGGGCUAUUUCAGUACCCUGGUUGAGGAAUGUGCAGUUGUCAUUGAAGAGCACAGAGGGCACAGAUUGGUCUACAAGUUCCUCAACUACCCUAUCGCUGUAUUUAGCCUCUUCCUACCGCUGCCACGCUCCUCUCUUCUCAGCUCACCUUCACUGGCCAGCAUCUCAGGAACCAGUGCAGCGACCAUGGAGAACGUGGCAAUAUUCAACUCACCUGGAAAAGGGAGGGGUCUGAAGGCGACCAAGGAGUUUUGGGCUGGAGAUGUGAUUUUUUCAGAGCCCAGUCUUUCGGCUGUUGUGUUCGACAGUCUUAGCGAGCGUAUUUGCCACAGCUGUUUCCGCGGACAAGAGAAGCUGCAGAAAUGCGGCCAGUGCAAGUUUGCACAUUAUUGUGACCGAACCUGCCAGCGAGCCGGCUGGGCCGAACACAAGCAAGAGUGCGGUGCCAUCAAAUCCUUUGGCAAAGUACCCAAUGAGAACAUCCGCUUGGUUGCUCGCAUCUUGUGGCGAAUGGACAAGGAAGGGAGCGUGGUGUCUGACAUGCAGCUGACGACACUGGACGAGCUGGAGGAUCACAUAUCCGACAUGCAGGAGGAGGAGAUGCAGGAGUUCAAAGUGGACAUCCACAACUUCCUCGACUACUGGCCCCGCAACAGCAAACAGCACAGAAUCGACGACAUCUCCCAUCUCUUUGGAGUGAUCAACUGCAAUGGCUUUACAGUCAGUGACCAGAGGGGUCUUCAGGCAGUGGGAGUCGGGCUUUUCCCAAAUUUGUGCCUUGUGAAUCACAACUGCUGGCCCAACUGCACUGUAAUCCUCAAUCACGGCAAUCAAUCGGCUGUGAAUACUAUCUUUCAUUCUCAACGGAGGAUUGAGCUGCGUUCUUUAGGUAAGAUCGCAGAGGGCGAGGAGCUGAUGGUCUCAUACGUGAACUACUUGAAUUUGUCCGAGGAGAGACAAAGACUGCUGAAAACCCAAUAUUUCUUUGACUGCACAUGUGAGCACUGCAAGGACCACAUCAAGGAUGAUUUGAAGUUGGGGGGAAGGGAAGUGGACGGAGUCAAGCCUCCAGAGGAUCAGGUGAAAGAGGCAACAGACUACUGCUUUUCACUGCUGGAGAAGAUGGACAAUGCUCGAUUAAACGGUGACUACCACGAGGUGGUUAAAAUCUGCAGAGAUUGCAUCGAGAAAACGGAACCAGUUUUGGCCGACACUCACAUCUACUUGUUGAGGAUGUGGAGCACGCUAAGUGAGGUGCAAGCUUACCUGCAGAACUUUGAGGAAGCAGCAGACUACGCCCGUAAAAUGGUGGAAGGAUACUUGAAGAUCUACAACCCAAACAAUGCUGCUCUCGGUUUGGCUGCCAUGAGAGCCGGAGUGAACCACUGGCAGGCUGGCGAGAUAGAGGUUGGACAUAGUAUGGUGUGUAAGGCCUAUGCCAUUCUUAUGGUCACCCACGGCCCUACACAUCCCAUCACCAAGGACCUGGAGGCGAUGCGAAUGCAGACAGAGAUGGAGCUGAGGAUGUUCAAGCAGAACGAAUAUGUUUACCACAGUAUGAGAGAAGCAGCACUGAAGAACAAACCAAUGACCAUGAUGCAUGAGCCCAGGUCUGUGGAGGAGGGAAUCAAGAAUCUCUUUCAUCGGAGGAAGUAA